GCAACAACACUCAUCAACAUUCGCAGAGCGUCGAUCUGGUAGUGGUGUUGAACUCGAGCGAUCUCUGCUGGCAGCCAGCAGCUUUCAGCGUCAUGGCGUUGGCAGCAACCUGCUUAUUCAGGUUUGGGUACCCGUCGUGUAAGCCAAAUCCUCCUGCUGGUGCAUGGUGCUACUGCAACCCACGUACAACUGCUGGCAAUGGCGUCCUUGAGAUCAACCGCAGCAGCUGGAGUAGUACGGCUGCGGCGAGGGCAGAGACUGUGGCCGGGGCCGGACGCCGGCAGGACAAGAAGGACGAAGACGAAUGCGCGAGCUACCUGGUGCCGGAGAGGCUGGAGGUGCUGAGAGAGAUGGAGCCGUGGGUGGAGGAGCACGUGCUGCCUCUACUCAAGCCCGUGGAGGAGUCCUGGCAGCCGUCGGACAUGCUGCCGGACCCGGCGGCUCUGGGCAGCGACGGCUUCCACGCGGCGUGCCUCGACCUCCGCGUGGGGGCGGCCGGGGUGCCGGACGAGCUCCUGGUGUGCCUCGUGGCCAACAUGGUCACGGAGGAGGCGCUGCCCACGUACCCGAGCGGCCUGAACCGCCUCGAGGUCGUGCGUGACGCCACGGGCGCCGACGCCACGGCGUGGGCCCGCUGGAUCCGCGGAUGGUCGGCUGAGGAGAACCGCCACGGCGACGUGCUUAACCGCUACAUGCACCUCUCCGGCCGCUUCGACAUGCGCGAGGUGGAGCGAACCGUGCAGCGCCUCAUCCACGACGGGAUGAGCUUCCCGGGGCCGGUGACUAGCCCGUUCCACGGCUUCGUCUACGUCACCUUCCAGGAGCGCGCCACGGCCAUCGCGCACGGCAACACGGCGCGCCUCGUCGGCGCGCGCGGCGCCGGGGACGCCACGCUCUCGCGGAUCUGCGGCACCAUCGCCGCCGACGAGAAGCGGCACGAGGUGGCCUACACUCGCAUCAUGGGGAAGCUCUUCGAGGCCGACCCCGACGCCGCCGUGCGCGCCAUGGCGUACUUGAUGCGCCACCGGAUCGACAUGCCGACUGCCUUCAUCAACGACGGCCGCCAUAGCGGCCGCAAUUUCUACGAUCGUUUCAUCGCCAUCGCGCAGCAGGCCGGCACGUACACGAUUUCCGACUACCGCGGUAUCCUGGAGCACUUGAUACGGCAGUGGGGCGUGGAGGAGCUCGCCGCAGGGCUCUCCGGCGAGGGGAGGCACGCGCGUGACUACCUGUGUGCGCUGCCGAGCAAGAUCAAGAGGAUGGAAGAGGUGGUCUUGGAGAGAGCAGUCAAGGCGAAAAACAAGCCUACACCCAUCCCCAUCAACUGGAUCUUUGAUAGGACCAUCAGUGUCAUUCUACCCUGAUCCUGUAUAUGUUGUUUGUUGGCGAAUAAAGACAGCUUUAUUAGAGA